CCCCAACUCUGUCCCCAUCUCUGUCCCAUCUCUGUCUCUCCUGUCCCCAUCUCUGUCCCCUCCUGUCCCCUCGAUGUCCCCGUCCGUGCCCCCCCAGCGCGGUCCCCUGGCCCUGCUGGCCGCGGCCACCUCGUGUCCCCUUUGUCGCCGUCCCCUGCAGGACCCGGUGCUGCUGCCGUGCGAGCACCGCUGCUGCCGCCGCUGCCUCCUGCCCCCGCUGUCCCCGGGGGUGUCCCCGGGGGUGUCCCCGCUGUCCCCGGCGGUGUCCCCGGGCUGUCCCCAGGCCUGGCCCCGCUGUCCCCAGUGUCGCCGUCCCUGCGCUCCCGGACGCGUCCGCACCGCGGUGGCGCUGGCGGUGGAGGCGCGGAUCGCGCGGAGGCUCGCGGGGGACACCGGGGGCGACAAAAGCGACAAAAGCGACACCGGAGGUGGCACCGCGGGGACAGCGAGGAGACGGCGCCGGAACGGGAGGUGCAGCCUCGGGGCCCAACUGCGAGCGGACGCCGCCCCUCCCCCACCCCCGCGCGACCCCUCCCCCGCCGCCGCCGCCGCCCCUCCCCCACAAUAA